CACAGGUUCGGCGGCCUCGUGCUCAGCCCCAUGGGCUCCCAGUACGUGUCCCCCGCUGACAGACAGCUGGUGGCACAGUCGGGCGUGGCUGUCAUCGACUGCUCCUGGGCCAGACUGGAGGAGACGCCCUUUGGGAAGAUGCGGGGCAGUCACUUUCGGCUGCUGCCUCACCUGGUGGCUGCCAACCCUGUGAACUAUGGCCGGCCCUGCAAACUGUCCUGUGUGGAGGCUUUUGCGGCUACCUUCUGCAUCCUGGGCUUUUCAGACCUUGCUGUCAUUUUGCUGCGGAAGUUCAAGUGGGGCAAGGCCUUCCUAGACCUGAACCGUCAGCUCUUGGACAAGUAUGCAGCCUGCUGUGGCCCAGAGGAGGUGCUGCAGGCAGAGCAGGAGUUCCUGGCCCAUGCUAAGGAGCGCCCUGAGGAGGAGAUCGAUCCCUUUGAUGUGGAAUCAGGUCGAGAGUUUGCAAAUCCCAACAGGCCCGUGGCUGGCACCCGGUUGCCCAGGGACAGUGAUGACAGUGACAGUGAGGAGGAGUCGAGGCACUUGGGCAGCAGCAGCAGCCCAGAAGAGGAGGAGACGCGGGAGCAGGGGUCAGAGGCCAGGGCCCCUGCCGAGGUUUGGAAAGGAAUCAAGAAACGGCAGAGAGACUGAAGGUUCCAGAUGUGUAUUUUUCAAGGCAGAGUGAUGAGGAAACCUAGCGACAGCAGCAGAACUGGUGGGAACGACGACAGGCCUGGCAGUCCUGGCUCAUCGCAUCUACGAGCAGCACUGGGCUCUGUCAGGUUCUCUCCCAAAGCUUCUAUCAUAGCCUUGCUCUGGGUCCUGCCUCAGAGUCCCUAAUGAAGCUGCAGGGACACUU